CAUACUCUGCGGCAUUUCCAAUUUGUAGUAUCUAUACCGCAGACCUAACUACUUGAUUUCAGAGUUAUCGCCCUUGCGUAAACAAAGAGAUGUUUCCUGCUGGAUUUCCUCGUAGAAUUGUUCACAUAAAGAGACACUUAACGGUGUUUUCAAGGCAAAAACUGGUGACACCAAGUAAAACGAGAUUUACUAAGGACAGAUGCAUCAAUACGUUAACGGGAAUUAAUGGAGGAAAACGGAACUGUUCUACUUUCAUUUUCCAAAUACAACACACAGGUCAAAGUCCAACUUUGAAUUCAAUAUGUACAUGUAGACAAAAUCUUGAAAGGUUUACCAUAAAUAGUUCUGCUCGCGUAUCAGGAAGAUGUUAUCAUCACAACAAAGAUGUACGAAAUACUAACGUCGAGUUGCCGAGCUUGAAGUGUGCUUUUGGCCUAGUGCUAGGUAGCUUAGUUUGUUUAGGUUUGGGGGUUUAUAAGUUGAAAACGGAAGCGUACAGUUGUGACUAUGAGGAGCAACCUAGUCCACAGGCAACACUUACAGGAGAAGGAAGGAGGUCCAUAAAUCUCAAUGAGGCUAUUGACAGAUCUAGAGAUUUGGCCAGAAGGAUCAAGGAUGAAUCAGGAAGUCCUGGUCUGGCAAUCUCUGUCAGUGUAGAUGGACAAGAGGUCUGGAGUGAAGGUCUUGGCUAUGCUGACGUGGAGAACCGUGUUCCUUGCUCUGCUGACUCUGUCCUCAGAAUCGCCAGUAUCAGUAAAUCCAUCACUAUGGUAGCCGUUGCUAAGCAGCUUGAGGCUGGCACACUAGAUCUUGACAAACCCGUCCAACACUACGUACCGAAUUUUCCAGAGAAAACAGUUAACGGCAAGAAGGUAACCAUAACAACCAGACAUCUGGUGUCUCACCUUGGAGGGAUCCGUCACUACCACACAAAAGCCAGUAUACCCAAAGUGGAGGCGAACACACAGACUACAAAGACAAGCAAACCUGGCCAGAAAACUGCUGCUGAAGAGACAUCUGAAUUAUCAUUGGCCGAGUACCUUAUAUCUACCAACUACAAAAGUGUCACCGAAAGUCUGAACUUGUUCAAGGAUGACCCUUUAGUACACGAACCAGGCUCCAAAUAUCUGUAUACAACAUACGGCUUCACCUUGUUGAGUGCUGUAUUGGAGGCUGUGGCUAAAACACCAUUUGAGAAAAUGAUGCAGAAAUAUAUUAUUGAGAUGGGUAUGGAUGAUACCUUCCUUGACGAGAACACUCCUAUCAUCUACAACAGAGGAAGACAUUACAUGAAGAACAAGAGAGGACGCCUCAUCAAUACCCCCUAUGUGGACCUCUCGUACAAGUGGGCCGGGGGUGGUUUCCUCUCUACCACACGUGAUCUCAUUAAAUUUGGUCACGUGAUGCUGUACAGUUAUCAGCAAGGGUCAGAUACCAAAAAUAAUCAAAACAGAGGUCAAAGUUCAAAGGCGAACUCAAACAGCAAAAGUCAGAAAUCCAAGGCUAUUAACACUUCUAAUCAGGAAGACAAGAAGAGCAAAGCGACUGGAUUUCUCAAAGGAGAAUCUGUACAGUUGCUUUGGGAACCUGUUGUUAAUACCAAAAGCUCUGCUUUUGAUAAAUUUGGAUAUUAUGGGAUGGGAUGGGAUGUAGUACCAGAGGGUGAAAACUUCCGGUGUUGUCAUCAAAGUGAUCAUAUUGUUUCACACACAGGUGGGGCGGUGGGAGGGAGCAGUGUCUUAGUCAUAAAACCAAAAAAGUGUGAUAUAGACAGUGACUCCCAUGGGGAGCCCCAAGGUGUUGUUGUUGCUAUGAUUGUCAACAUGACAGCAGUCUCUUUAUACAAAACCGCUGUCAAGGUUGCUAAAUUAUUUGAAGAAGCAUCAUCUUAACUCUAAAGUUUCUUUAUGCUACCAGAAUGCCACAUGAACAUGUAACUGGUCUUUUCUUUUCUAAAAGAGCUCUUCCCACUUAAGACUCGGAUGCUUUUAUAAUGAUAAAUAGGUUUAAUUUGUUUGAUUUGUUACAGAUUUGAAUGAAUGAAUUAUAGAAAGAAUGCAACUCGCUGGUUCUAUCAAAGCUUUGUUUAUGUUAUUGAUAUAGGUAAGAAGUACCAUAAUUAUAUCCGGCAUUUUUGCUGCUCUCAAUGUCCCUUUUUGUUUACUCAAGAUGACUAUUUUUAUACAGGUUUAAACUUUGAGAUCUAGAAAUAUGUAACAAUUUAACUUUCGAGAGAUAUUGUCCUGGAUGUUAACUGCCGAAUAUAUAUUCCAGUGUACAGUAAAGGUAGAAAUAUUGACGAUAAGUAGUAUCCACAAUUGAAUUUGUCACAAUUUAUGUAUCGACAUAUUUGUAUCACCUGUACCAGUACAUAUACCGGUAUACCUGUACC